AUGCCGGCCUACGUGCAAGGAACUGGCUCUCCUCUGCCUGCCUCACAUCCGGCGACAAGUUUCCAGCCGGAGCAGCCGAGAGGAGACGAAUAUGCACCACCUCCCGGCCCUCCUCCUGGUUGGACUUCAGCAUCUCAGCCAUCUGCAUCUCAUACCCAGCAGCCGUCGCCGCCUGAUAGCGAUCUCCCAGAAGUGGUCACAGGUACUCAGUCUCCAAGAAGUCCCCCUGAGAUAAUCCCGGCCGGUCCGCCUCUAAGCAGCCUCCCCGAAGCAGUAGCAGCCCGUUCAUAUUCGAGUAGCCUCCCCGAAGUGGUUCCGCCCGUUCAACCUUCGAGCAGCCUUCCAGAGGUUGUUCCACCUCCUCAGCCGCCAAGAAUCCUCCCUCAGGUAGUGCCGCCGGCUCUACCGCCAAGGCAGAGCCAGCAACGAUACUCAGCAGUAUUUACACAGCCCUCACCACCCGCAGAUGCUCCUCGGGCGCGUCCAGUGUCUAUGCAGAUUCCUCGAAAACCAACUGCCCAACCCCCAUCGCCUGUAUCGCCACCAACGGUCCCGCCGGCCAACAAAGCCGUAACAUCAUGUAUCGACUUCCUGGCCUCAUUCCCCACGACAUGGUAUUGGCACCCUGACGCUCCCGCCUUCUUCAUUUGCUCUCGCUGUUAUCUCGACCACCUCCAAUGGAACCCGGCUGGAUCAUCCCUCCAGUCUGCUUACUUCACAGAUGGAAUACCACGGAUAUGUUUGUGUAGCUUGCCUCGCAUGAAGACACGGCUUCUCCCUCAAGCAGUCGCUGCUGGAUCACUUCACCCCGCCCUCGAGUACAUGCGGUUCCGCCCAAACAUUCAGCCCUGCAAGGGGAUAGAUGGAAUCAAAGGCGGACAAGGCCAUCGCUGGUACAAGGCCGAGGGAGACUCGAUACCCAGUUUUUUUGCCUGCCAAGCCUGCUUUGAAGACUACGUCUUUCCCACGUACUUUGCCAGGAAGUUCGAACAAGUACCUGAGGGACGCCAGGGCCCUAACGACAUAUGGGCAUGUGAUAUUGCGUCGCGAUAUGUGCUGAAGCAUCUGGAGCAUAAGUCCAAGACCAAUAAUUGGCCCGGAUUCGUUACCGAGGCCAAGGCACGGCUUUCAAUUUCCAGAUGUCCUGGUCCUAACCCAGUCCCAACAUUUGGUCUCUCCUGGUUCAUGCCCAAAGAGAUCCGCGGGCUCGCGGCGUGCCCUGCCUGUUUCUGCGACCAGGUACUUUGGACCGACGAAGAUGCUAAGUGGCGCGAAGUUACGGAAUGGAAGGCCGAUCGGCGUCAGAGGGCAACAUGCUGCUUUGCCCAGCUGAAUUUGAAGCUGUGUAUCGAAAGAGCCCACGACCUGGAAGACUACUCUAGGUUUUGGGCCGCCGCAAAGAGGCUGUCGCAUGUCCCUGUCUGUAGUCCGCAAGGCAUAAAGAAUGGUCAAUGGUACACAUUACGUUCGGAUCCGGCCGACUUUAGGAUGUGUAAGGCGUGCCAUAUCACCAUCGCAGAGUCUUUACAGCUCUCGCAGCAUUUUGUCCCUAAGAUUGGGCUUCCAAAAACUGAGCCACUAUUGUGUUCCUUCAAUCCAGCGCAUGGCCGGAUGCCACAGUUUCUAUCCAAACUUAUUGAGGCUUAUAUGAAGGCUGAUCCGUCGCCUCUGAGUUCAUUUGCAUCUGUCUGGGCUAAAAUUCCCCUCUGUCCUAGGGAUCAGGACAAAACGGGGAUGCAUUGGUACGGAUGGCCUGGAUGUACGAUUUGCCAAGAAUGCCAUCUUAACUUCACCUCUAAAUACCCCAAUUUGUGCCAGACGAUGGACUACCAAGAUACACUCAUACCUCAAGCCACGCUCUGUGAGAUGUACAGCCCGCGGAUGAGAGAUCUAUUCACACAAGUGGCCGCCGCAGGGCCUUCUGGCCUACCUGCCCUCUUCCAGGCUGUUGCGCAACGACGUAUCGUGUAUACCCAAACGGUGCCUCAAAUACGUAACAUCAUCGCGCAUCAGAAAAGCCUUCUUGGGCAGCAGGAGAUGCUCAACACCCAGAGCACCUUUCACAUGGUCAAGGGCCACAUGGAUCAAAUUUCAUAUGGAACGCCCUACACGUACAGCGCGGCUGGUGUUGGAUCUGGUUUUGCAAACAUGGAUCUGCUAAAAUCUGCGCAGCUAAGGCAAGAGACAUCUGGGAUGGUGGCAGGGGCUCAGAAUGCGACUUUAGAGGUGGCGACACUUGAGAAGCAGUGGAGGGCAGUGGAGUGA